AGGCUGGGUGCCGGUGCCUGUGAAAGGCAUAGCGCCUGCAGCCAGGGCACAGCAUUGUGCUGUUUUAGUAGGAGAUCAAAUGGUGGUCUAUGGUGGUGCCAAUGCUACUAGGCAGUUCAACGACGUUUGGAGCCUCGACCUUCGUCACUUCAGCUGGCAGGAACUCCGCCCAGUCUGUGGAACAGCGCCACCAGUGGAGUUGGGGCUGAGGGAGCAGCACUUCCGGGUGAAGUCUUGCCGAAGUAUCUUGGCCCUGCACCAGAUGAAGCUCCUGGUAUUGGGUGCAGCCAGAGGCAACGCAGCGCCAAAAAGAUAUGGCCUCUAUGUGUUCGAUCUUGAGCGCCGCGAAUGGAAGACGGCGCCAGUGGUCCCUCAGGGUCUGUGGCGCGGCAAUGCUGCUGGAUGGGUUUCUCGUUGCGCUGUCGGGGAAGAACUCUGGGUCGACGGCGGGCACCUGGGCGACGACAACCAGCCGCGGCAGAUCUUGUUGCGACUUCAGACUGGGCUCACCCGCCUGGUGCGGCAGACUGUUCGAGGUAUUAGCGCUUUGCCUCACGAGAACCUCAAGCUGGUCUUCAGUUUUCUGAGUGGAUCCGUGGCAGAUCUCAUCUAACCCAACUGGCGCCACGUUCAACCCGCUCACAGCCCCCCUGCUGGGCCGUUGCUCAUUGGGGCACCUUACUUGGCAGAUGCUCGGUCCUUUCUGACACCUGUACAGUCUCCAGCAAAACGGCCAUUGAGAAAAUGAAGAUUUGACUGUUU